AUGGCGAAGCGCGGACCCGAUCGCAAGAACGAUAGUGUUUUUUUCUUCGUCAACAAGACCCAAACGUCCAAAUCUCUGUCGAAAAGCGAUGGGGCCGUGGCGAAACAGAUCAACCGCCACGCCCAGCAUUUUCGCACUCGGAAGAUCGAGGCGCAAAGGUUUACUUCAGCAUUGACCAGUUCCUCCUCAGCUCGUCGCAUCGCCCUUGAUGGCUGGAAUCGGAGAGACGCCCCUCAAAGUCCAAGCAGUGACGAGACAUCCCCCACCGACAGUUCCGGCCCAUCUCCAGCAAAUCCUUUUCCAGCAGCACCUCUCACACGCGAUACAACACGUAAUAAAUAUGCCCGACGACUAUCCGAAAGACUUCCUGUGCAAUUUCUUGUGAACGACGACAGGAGUGACUCAUCAGACCCGGAACAAGACAAUACCCUUGAACUGGCGCCCCAAGUGUACCGGGCAAAUUUCACAUCCUACGACUGUGUCGACCCUUUCAGAAUCACCCCGGUGCGGAUCACAUCGAAAAUCCACACUGUUCUUCAGUAUUGCCUCCGCAUAUACCCUUAUUCUGGAAACAACUAUAAGUUGGCCUUUUUACCUCAUCAUGUGCGACUUUCCAUCUCCCAGUUCCCAAUCGGCACCGUGGUCCAACGCAGCGUGUUCAAGGAGCACCAUUUGUAUGCUUUGAUGGCUGCAAUGACAGCUCGUAUGAAACAUGUUUUUGCAGUUUCACCUACGGGAGACGAUCCAAAUGAAGUCCGCGCCCUUGCUUCUCGCUAUUUGAAGGAGGAAUUGAUGCGCUGUGCCCAAACCGGCGUCAUCGACAAGCAGACCAUUCUCGACAUCUUGUUUCUCGUCGUCAACGAACUACAGUAUAACCUGUACGAUGACGCAAGGAAACACCUCAUCAUCGUCGACAGGCUUCUCGGUAUACUCGACCUCAAUGAGCAUCUAGACAGGUGGAUAUCCGAGACGGCCGCUCAUGUUGACAAUCAACUGGCUUUGUCCACAGCCAGACGACCUAUCCUGAAGAGUUCCUUUGACCCCGGUCCAAUGUUGCCCGAACGAAUGGCCACCUUACGGCGAACCGCUCAGAAUUUGAGACACCAGACAUUGCCCAAUCCGGUCAAACUUAUAAUCCCCAGCGGGCCUAAGGGGUCUUUCGGCCUCAACGAUGCCAUGGCCGAUGUCGCCUCCACGUUAGAUGUGCGUAUGGGAUCCCGCUUUGCCGCUGGACUCAGGACCGGAGCUUUUCCUGGACCGAUGGCGACGAUUGUGGCAGAUUUGGUCGAUUGUGUCGAGAUUGCAAAGGUCGUCUGGCUAUCUCCACUGGCCGUGUGUUUCGACGCAGAAUGGCUGUGCAGAAAGGCGAGAGCGGUGUUGCGUGCCUUGCUGGCGCUUGCUCCAGAAAACAAGAUCGGUCCAGAUGAUAUUGGUACCAGGUGUAUGGAGGUUUUGAGGAUCUGUCUGAUGAUACUGAUGACCUAUGCUUGUACACUCAUCGGACCUCACGUGGUCAAAAUGAAUGUGAAACGGCACAUUGAGGCUCAGGCGGCCGGAUUGGAAUUCUGGUGUCCUGCCGUCGGAUGGACCCAAGAAUGUGUACCCAUUGUGCCAGACGCACGCUUGCAUCCUGUCUAUGAGCAGCAGGCCGGAUUCGUUCUGUGGUCGUGUUUAGUUGCUUGUUGGAGUGCAGAAAGUCUUCCGGAAGCUGAGUGGUGCAUGAUUCGAGCGGUGAACAUUGCUCGUUAUUUUGGGUAUUCGACUUAUGAGGAUCUACACAACCAUAUGGCACAAUAUCUGUAUUCGAAGACCCUGCAGGAGUCGAGCAUGCGGAAAGUUGCAGAAAGGCUCCAGGCGUCACCGCGCGAGCGUACAACCUCAACCUCGGCCGGAACUUGA